AAUCGGGUAUGGGGGGGACUACUUUCCGUUGAGGAGGUGAGCGUGCGUGUGCGUCUCGCGGUCGAGACCUCGCGAGAGAGAAAAUGAAAUCCGAAAUGGUUAUUGCCGCGCUAUGACCCUAAAAAGUAAAUGUUUCUCUUUGUCCGUGAGUGAAUAAUAAACGAUUGGUCAGGCAAAAUGGAGGGCAGCGUGUCCAAGAACGGGACUGCAAUAGCACCAGAACUGUACUUCCUAAUUGCCAAAUUCUUAGCGGCGGGACCAUGUCGUGAGACCGCAGAAGUGUUGAAGCGUGAAUUGGAGCGAGCUAAGGUUUUGCCGCAAAGGAAAGAUUGGGAAGGGCACGUACAUAAUCAAACGUUUGAAGAGUUGGAAAAGAAGUAUCCUCAUAUUGGACCGGAACAUUUAUUACAAAUAUGUGCCAGAAUUGGUCCAGUAUUAGAAAAGGAGGUACCUCCUUGUAUACCUGGAGCAAUAUCUCUUCUUGGCGCAGGCAGACAAUCUUUAUUACGUACGCGCGAAGAUGUGUUACGUCAAGUGCGUGGGAUCACUUCGUAUUCUGGAAGAAUAGGUGGAAAACCUUUUAUGGAAUCAUCUUACAGCUUAUCAGUGCCUAAUAUAGUACAUGUACUUCAAGGAAGGGAAAAUUCAGGUCCUCUUAGCAGGCGUGAGGCAAUACCCACAAAGUUCUAUAAUAAAAUGCAAUUGUACAGACAUACGUUAGGACAUUUAUCUGCAGUGUAUUGUGUUCUUUUUGACCGUACAGGCAAAUAUAUUAUAACUGGUGCAGAUGAUUUACUUGUUAAAGUAUGGAGUUCUGUUGAUGGACGUUUAUUAGCUACUUUUCGAGGUGCAUCUGCUGAAAUCAUGGAUAUUGCAGUCAAUUUCGAUAACACUCUACUUGCUGCUGCAAGUCUAGAUAGAAUAUUAAGAGUUUGGUGUUUUCAAACUAUGUCCCCAGUAGCAGUUUUAUCUGGACAUUCAGGUAUGAUUACAUCGGUUAAUUUUUGUCCUAUAUCUUGCAAUGGUGUGUACUACUUGGUUUCUACAAGCACAGAUGGAUCUGUUGCGUUCUGGUCUCAUACAAAGAAAGGAAAAGAAAGAGCAAUGUUUCAACCAAAACCAAUUCAGUACCAUGAGAAAAUGCGACCUGGUCAAGCACAAAUGAUAUGUGCUUCAUUUAGUCCUGGUGGAGCAUUUAUGGCAGCUGGUUCAGCUGAUCAUCAUGUUAGAGUAUAUGCAAUGUUAGGAGAUGAAGGACCACGUAGAGUGUUAGAAGUUGAAUCGCAUUCUGAUACAGUUGACAGUAUACAAUGGGCACAUAGUGGUUUAAAGUUCAUUUCUGGAUCUAAGGAUGGUACUGCAAACGUAUGGCACUUUGAAGAGCAACAGUGGUUGUAUAAACGUUUGUUGAUGACCACAAAGCUUUCUGGUGAAUCUGAGGCAGAGGAUGAUACUAACAAAAAAGCUAAAGUGACCAUGGUUAGUUGGGAUGUGAGUGAUGAGUGGGUUAUUACAGCUGUGAACGAUAGUUCACUAAAAGUAUGGAAUGCAAAAUCAGGCGAACUGGUAAAAGUUCUUCGUGGACAUAAAGACGAAGUUUUUGUGUUAGAAUCUCAUCCAAUAGAUCCUCGUGUUAUACUGAGUGCUGGGCAUGAUGGGCAGCUUAUAAUAUGGGAUGUAUUGAAUACAGAACCAAUAGCUUGCUUCCAAAAUUUUAUUGAAGGACAGGGUAACGGUGCUGUUUUUGAUGCAAAGUGGUCUCCGGAUGGAACAAUGUUGGCAGCUACAGAUUCUCAUGGACAUCUUUUACUAUAUGGAUUUGGUUCCGGUGUUCAUAAACUUAAAAUAAUACCAAAAGAAUUAUUUUUCCACACGGACUAUAGACCGUUAAUACGAGACUCAAAUAAUUAUGUUUUGGAUGAACAAACGCAAACAGCACCUCAUUUAAUGCCUCCACCAUUUUUAGUGGAUGUAGAUGGAAAUCCUUAUCCGCCAGAAUUGCAAAGAUUAGUUCCUGGAAGAGAAAAUUGUAGAGGGGAACAAUUAGUUCCAAAUAUUGCAGUAGGUGCCGGAGGAAUGCAGGAAGUUAUUGAAGGCCUUCCAGCUCAAGAACCACGAUCUAAUAUUGAUCAAUUAAUUGAAGCGUUAGCGCAAAGACAAAAUCUUUACGGUGGUGGCGAUGAUAGAGAAGAAAAUGUACUGGAACAACCGAUUCGUCAAAUGGCUAGUCCUCGAGGGAGUAGAUCAGGUUUGAGACGAGCGGGCGAUGUUGAAGGUGUACGGCAAAGUAGUGGCAAUUGGCAAAGAGAUAAUACUACACCUUGGAAUACGCCUAUUCUCGCUCGACCUAUGAAUCCAGCCGUUAGGGAAACUCAAUAUAGAGCUAUAAAUGCAAUGGCAGAAAUGGAACUUGAAAAUUGGAGACGUGAGAUGCGAAGAAGGCCACAACCAACAUCUAACACUGCCAAUACUGAAGGUAAUAUAGGCAGUCGUUUGGCAAAUAGAAAACGCAAUAGAACUGCUAGACAUGGAUAUAGAACUAGAGCUACACGUGGUGAAGAACAAGAGGAGGAAGAAUUUGAGAACGCUGAUAAUGGGGGGACUACAGGAAGUUCAGCCAGUAGCAACAGUAAUGAUUCAACAGCGCAUGAAGAAGACUUGUGUUCUGAUAGUUCCAGUUCCGAAUCUAGUACUGAAUAUUCAGACUGGAUUGCUGACCAUGGUUUAAAUCUUGAACCACCAAAACGAAGUAAACGUAAGCCUGUGAAAAAGCGAUCUCUUACACCUCCAAGUGACACAGACAGAAGACGUAGUAGACGUCCUAAGAAAAAGGCUGUUUCAGUACCAAAUGGGAUUGACGAAAUCCCAGAAGUUUUCAGACCCUCUGAAUGGCUUACUGAAAUAAUACCACGAAAAGCUCCUUAUUAUCCACAAAUGGGUGAUGAAAUAGUAUAUUUCCGACAAGGACAUCAAUUUUACUUAGAUGCUGUCAGAAAUAAAAAAGUGUAUGAACUUGGUCCACGAUGUGAACCAUGGAAUAAAGUCAAUAUAAGGGCACAGGAAUUUGUAAAAGUAGUGGGUAUUAAGUAUGAAAUUCGUCCACCUCGAUUAUGCUGUUUAAAGUUGGCGUUAAUGGAUGAAGAUGGGCGAUUAACAGGAGAAAAUUUUACUAUUAAAUAUCAUGAUAUGGCUGACGUGUUGGACUUCCUAGUUUUACGUCAAACAUUUGACACAGCUUUAGCGCGUAGUUGGUCUGAGGCUGAUCGAUUUCGCUGUAUGAUCGAUGAUGGUUGGUGGAUGGGACAAAUACAGUCAAUGGAACCUUUGGAUGAAGAUUUUCCAGAAUCAUUUUUCAUGUGCUUUCGCGUCAGAUGGGAUAAUGGGGAAUAUGAAAGAAUGAGUCCUUGGGAUCUCGAACCAAUUGACGAAGACAGACUUCCUGCAGAACUUGGAGGUGCUGUUCCUGUGCUUCCAGAAGAGAUACAAACAAUAUUGUACCAGCCUCAUGCAGAAGAAUGGCCAAUGGGGGAUAGAGAAGCAACAUGCCAUAGGAUUAUACGUGGAUUAGAUCAAGUGAUGAGUCUUGCGAUUGCAGAACCUUUUGUCGCACCUGUUGAUCUCAAUACUUACCCAGCUUAUGCAUUUGUUGUGGAGUAUCCUAUUGAUUUGUCAACAAUAAAGGCUCGUUUUGAAAAUCAUUUUUAUCGAAGGAUUACGUCCGCGCAGUUUGAUGUCAGAUACUUGGCAACAAAUGCAGAACAAUUUAAUGAACCACAUAGUCAAAUAGUGAAACAAGCAAGAAUAGUUACUGAUCUUUGUCUACGUAUCAUAAAGGAAACUACAGAAGUCGAUGUACCAGCUAUUUAUCAUCAGUUAGUUGAUACAUAUCAUUCUUCUGACUCAGAAGUUGAUAUAGAGGAAGAGAAAAAUAGACCAUCGACAAGUACUCAAAGAGCAACUUCAAGUAGAAAUUUGCGGUCACAAGAAGUGGCAAAUGACUGGCAGUUAGCUUGCCGACAAUUGUUAGAAAUGUUAUGGCAAUGCGAAGAUUCAAUACCCUUCAGAGAACCAGUUGAUAGAUUAGAACAUCCUGAUUAUCAUCAAAUUAUAGAUACACCAAUGGAUCUACGUACAGUAAAAGAAGAUUUAUUAGGGGGUAAUUACGAAACACCCUUAGAAUUUGCCAAAGAUAUGAAACUAAUAUUUACAAAUAGCAGAAAUUACAACACUAAUAAACGUUCAAGAAUAUAUUCAAUGACAAUAAGGUUAUCAGCUAUGUUUGAAGAACAUAUGCGGAAAAUUAUUUCGAAUUGGAAAUCUGCCAGAAGACGCAAUAAUAAUAGAUCGAAUGCAAAAGGAAAAGGAAAAACGGGUAAAGUUCGGUUACCAAAUGGUACAGGGCCUCCAAAAUCAAAAACCGCUUGUAUAGUCGAUGACGACGAUGACGACGAUGCAAAUAGUGAUGACGAAGACGCAGAGGAAAUAAGAAAAAAGAAUACUUCAAACGUAUUUGAACCAGGACCAUCACGUAUGACGAAUGGCCAUACCAAAAGAUCUGGCAAUUCAUCACGAAUGUUAAAAUUAAGAAUUUCUAGGUCUACUGUAUCUAAAAAAACAACAAAAGAAAGUGAAAGUGAAGCUAGUGAAUCGGAUGCUUCCAUAGAUAGUGAAAGUAGUGGUAGUGUGCCAGUAAGAAGGACACGAGCAAGAACGGCAGUACCUAGUGCAAGUACUGAUAGUGAUUCUGGAGAUGUAUAUACACCCAGUAGUCGUGAGAAGCAAACUCGAAAGAAUCGCACCAAAAAUAGCAAAACCAAUAAACAAGGAAAAUCUAAGUUAAAAUCAUUUGCUGCUGCAGCUACUACCAAUGAUGAUGACGACGACGACGACGAAGAUGAGGAAGACGAACAAUUAGCUGCGCCUGAAUCAUCGGACGAAGAAAGUGAAGAGGAAGUUAUCAACAGAAGCAGCACGAGAUCACGCAAACUUGCAUCUGCUUCUGAACACAAGGAUAAUAUAACGAAAAAUGGAAAGAAAGAUGAAAGUCAGAGUGAAGAAGAUGAAGAUGACGAUGAGGAAGAGGAAGAAGAAGAAGAACAACAACAACAACAACAAUCUCAACAUAAUCAAGAUUCGGACAGCGAGGACUCGGAUACAAUUUUUACGCCGUCAAGGCCACAGAGAAAAGUUCGUGUAUUCAGAGAAACGCAUGUACAUGAGAUCAUACUAAAUUCAAGGAGAACUGCAAAACGUCCUCGUUACAAUGAAGAAAGUGACGAAAGCAAUACAAUGCCUGUUAGGAACCGACGUAAAAUUAAGCGUCAGUCUUAUGCGGAAAAUAGUGACGAGAGUUUACCAGAACCUGAAAACGUACCAGGCAUUAGUAUAAGUAGUAGAGGACGUGUACGGAAAAUGACAGAAAGAGCACUGGCGUUUCUUGAAUUGACUCGAGAAUCACCCUAACAGCAUCUUUUAUGCUAGUAAUAAAAGUGUAAGUUAUUGAUCGUUUGAAAAAUGACUCUUGCGAUCAGUUAGGAAUAGUGUAAAAAUUUUAGAUGUUAUUUGAUAAUGUUUGUUCUUUGAAACAUGCGGCUGUAUCCAUAUUAGUAGCAUUACACGAAGUCUGUGUAUGCUAGGAUAUUAUUUGCCUGAAAAUCUUUGCAUAAGAUUAUUAUCAUAGACUGUACGUACGAACACUUGAGAUUGUCAUAGCAAUUCAUGAUAAACACUGCUACAAAGUACUUCCAUUAUUAUGAAGCACGUUGAUAAUGUUAUUUUUUUAUGUUCAAAUACACCGUUGAACGAAUAAUGUGUAGGAUAACUUGGUAGCAAGCGGAAACAGUGAAACUUUAACGUUAUUUUGUUUUCAUAAUUAUUCAUAUACAUCUUUCAUAACGAUACUGAUUCUUCGUAUAAUGAUAUACUUACAUAAUUUUAUCAUACUCUGAAUUCCUGUUGUUUGAAAUGCAAUGACAGCUACAUCGUUACGUAUUUCAAUGAGUCAUUAUUUUUGCAAAAUGUUCCAAAGUGUUAUUAAUAUAUACUGGUUAAAGAAACAGAUAGAUAAAUAUUCUUUACAAAUUC